AUGGCCCUGUCGACCACGGAUGCCAAAGGCUCAAUCGAAUAUGUCUCGAAUGUGAACUAUUCUGACAUCCAUAAGGGCACAAAUGGAUACCCGAAUGGCCAUGACCACGCAAAUUGCACAUUGUUGAAUGGUUCGCAUCCCGGGAGACAUGGCAAAGAAGCUCCGGUCAAUCGAACUCAUGUGCCGAUAGUUGCUUCUCCGGAACCUAUCGCCAUAUGUGGCAUGUCAGUACGUCUCCCUGGAGGCCUGCACUCACCACAGCAAUUAUGGGACUUCUUGGUUGCCAAGGGCGAUGCCCGUGGCCCAGUCCCAAAAUCCAGAUAUAAUGCUUCCGCAUACUACUCUGAGGCGUCGAAACCCGGCAGCGUCAAUACUGAGUAUGGAUACUUUCUUGAUGAAAGCAUCGAUCUCGCUACCGUGGACACGUCGUUCUUCACUAUGGGGAGAUCAGAAGUUGAGCGAAUGGACCCGCAUCAACGGCAAAUGCUGGAAGUAGCUAGGGAGUGCAUGGAAGACGCUGGCGAAACAGACUGGAAAGGACGACAGAUCGGCUGUUACAUGGGCAGUUUUGGCGAAGACUGGGCUGAGAUGUUUGCCAAAGAGAACCAGCAGUAUGGCUUGUACCGUGUGAGCGGAUCUGGAGACUUCAUGCUGCCCAACCGCGUCUCAUAUGAGAUGGACCUGACGGGGCCGAGCAUGACUGUCCGUACUGGCUGCUCUGCAGCCCUUGUCGCACUCCAUGAAGCAUGUCUGGCAGUCUCUAGGGGUGACUGUGAGGGUGCAAUUGUCGGCGGCGCCAACUUGAUAAUGGGGCCAGGCAUGACCACUGCCAUGACGGAACAAGGCGUUCUUGCGCCUGAUGGCUCUUGUAAGAGCUUCUCUGCUGAUGCCAAUGGCUAUGCUCGAGGAGAGGCAAUUUCCGCUAUUUUUAUCAAACCCUUGGCCGACGCCAUCCGCGAUGGUAACCCAGUCCGGGCCGUCAUCAGAGCAACGGCCUCAAACAGCGACGGAAAGGGUACUGCGAGUGGUAUCCAAGUUCCUAAUGACAUUGCUCAAGAGGCAAUGAUCAGGCGCGCUUACAUGCUGGCGGGUAUUACGGACUACUCUGAGACCGCCUUCGUCGAGUGUCAUGGGACAGGAACAUCGGUCGGAGAUCCCAUUGAAGCAAGGGCAGUCGGCCGUGUUUUCGGCCCCUCUGGUGGCGUCCAAAUAGGAUCCGUCAAGCCUAAUCUUGGUCAUUCUGAAGGAGCUUCGGGCCUCACCUCGCUGAUCAAGUCAGUACUAGCCCUGGAAAAUCGUGUCAUUCCUCCAAACAUCAAAUUCAACAAGCCAAACCCCGAAAUCCCGUGGGAUAGCUGCGGGCUCUCUGUUCCCACAGAGCCAAUGACUUGGCCUGAGUCUCGGAGGGAGCGUAUUAGUGUGAAUUCCUUUGGUAUUGGAGGUACCAACGCGCACGUUAUCCUCGAUUCUGCUCAAAGCUUCGGCAUCUCUCCCGUUCCCAAGCGACCUACCGUAUCGCCGCAACUGCUUGUCUACUCAGCCAACAACCACAAGUCACUUACAAGAAUGAUCACUCAAUAUAACACCUAUAUUGAGAAGAACCCAGACAGAGUUAGUGACCUAGCGUUCACCUUGGCCAACGGAAGAGAACACUUGCCUUAUCGGGCAUUCGCCGUGCAAGGACUAUUUCAUCCUGCCCCGACUUCGGCGCCCAUGAAAUCUGGUCCGGCACCGAACAUAGUUAUGGUAUUCACUGGUCAGGGCGCUCAAUGGCCACAAAUGGGUCAGUGUAUGAUCCACAGCUGUGCCUUUCCCGUGUUCAAGAAGACCAUCCAAUCUCUCGACGCACAUCUGCGGACGCUCACGCACGUUCCGAUAUGGAAUAUUGAAGACGAGCUACUAAAGACGAUCAAGACUAGUAGACUCAGCUCGGCUGAGCUCUCUCAGCCUCUAUGCACGGCAAUUCAAGUUGCUCUGGUCGACACUUUCGCUUCAGUUGGAAUUCGGCCUACUGCUGUUGUGGGACACUCCAGCGGCGAAGUGGCUGCUGCGUAUGCUGCAGGCGCUAUCACGGCCAAUGAGGCGAUCACGAUUGCGUUUUACCGUGGCCAGGUCGCCAAGCUGCAAACCAAGUCUGGAGUCAUGGCGGCUAUCGGCAUGGGAUCCGACGAUGUUCAGGGAUAUCUGCAACCUGGAGUAAUUGUUGCUUGCGAUAACUCGCCUAAGAGCGUCACUCUCGCCGGUGAUACCGAGGCGGUUGAACUUGUCGUUGACCAGAUCAAAGAGGACCGCCCUGAUGUUAUAGCAAGACAGCUGCAGGUCGACAAGGCGUACCAUUCUCACCACAUGGCUGAGAUAGGCGACAAGUACCAUGCCUUAAUCGAACAUGAAGUGUCUGCCAAGACCCCAACCAAGUUGUUCUUCAGCAGUGUCGAGGGCAAGCUGCUCAGCAAAGACUCGAUACUCGACUCUAAAUACUGGCAAAAGAACCUAGAGUCCCCGGUUCUCUUCCGCUCGGCCGUCUCAUCCAUCCUCCAGCACGAUAUUGCGAAGAAUAUGGUUUUCCUCGAAGUGGGCCCUCAUUCAGCUCUUGCGGGUCCUCUACGGCAAAUCCAGACCAAGCUUUCUAACUCUUCUCCUUAUGUCUCUGCGCUUAUCCGCAACCAGAACGACGAGGCAUCAUUCUUGGCAGCGAUUGGUCAACUAUACGUUCUCAACGCCACGCUCAACCUGGGUAAGGUCACUCCCAAGGGCUCGAUCCUGCCAGACCUGCCCAGAUACCCAUGGGACCACUCGACGAAGUUCUGGUACGAGUCUAGGCUGAGCAAGGAGUGGCGACAACGUGAGCACAAGUACCACGAUCUUUUGGGUGUUCGAGUCCCGGAGAGUCUCGAGUUUGACGUUCUUUUCCGAAAUCUCUUCCACUUGAACAACGCACCAUGGAUUAAGGACCAUAGGGUCGGUACCGACAUCGUCUUCCCUUUUGCUGGUUAUGCUGGAAUGAUUGGCGAGGCUGUGCGACAGGUCACUGGAGUCAAUGAGGCGUUCAAGCUUCGUAACAUCGUUGUCAGCACUGCCCUCGUCUUGAAUGAAGGCCAGCCAGUCGAGAUCAUGACUACACUGCGUCACCAUCGCUUGACGGACUCCCUCGAUAGUGACUGGUGGGAAUUUACCAUCGCGUCCCACAACGGAACGAUUUGGACCAAGCAUUGCUCCGGCGAGGCAAGAUCUCAUAGCGAGAAAUUUGGACAAGCGGAGAAGCAUUCUCCCCUAGUACGGAAGGUUGAUACCCGUCGUUGCUACGAGUCCAUGGCUAGGUCUGGUCUCAACUUCGGGUCCACAUUCCAACGUCUUGAUAAUAUCCGGUCCGACACUACAACACAGAUUGCGACAUCGGAACUUGUCGCAAAAGAGACUGAUGGCAAGGACUAUCAUCUGCACCCGACGGUUAUUGAUGCCUCAUUGCAGCUCCUUUGUGUUGCGGCAUCCAAGGGCUAUGCAGAUUCCGCAACCAAGAUGAUGGUCCCUACCAGUAUUGAAGAAAUGUGCAUAUACCGCUGCAAUGAGGAUGUCCAAGUCCGAGCCUCCGCAUCUUACACCCCAAACGGCUCCAUAUUCGGUAGUGGACAGUGUGUUGCCGACGAUGGCAAGCUUGUCUUGCGCAGCUCUGGAAUCAGACUCUCCGUCCUGGAUGGCCAGGAUUCCGGCAAAUCCAGCGACGCCACUGCGCGCAUAGAAUGGGGUCCCGAUAUCUAUUUUCUGGAUGUCAAAACUUUUAUCAAACCACUGAUUGACCGCAGCGACCACAUGCCCCUCUUAACAGAGUUGUCUCACCUAUGCAUGAUUCACACAAGGCGUGUUAUUGCAGAUGUGGAUACUCCAAUUAAUCACAUGCACAAGUACCGAUCGUGGAUUGAUGGCCAUCUCAAGUCUGUUGAUUUCCAAAGUCUGGACACUCUUGACAACGCGACCAUUGAGCAGCGAGUGAAGCACAUUGGCUCCGAGCUGUCACAAACUUUGGGCGUCCAUGCUGCCAUAGCUAUUCAGAAAAUCUUUAACAAUGCUAAAAAGAUCUUCACUGGUGACGUGGAGGCGCUGGAUCUCCUCCUUUCAGACGAUACAUUGGCCAACCUCUAUGAGUCCAUGGAUCAGUGCGAUACGUCGCAGUUCUUCAAGCACCUCACUCACAGCAAGCCAAAUCUACGUGUCCUCGAGAUUGGUGCCGGAACAGGUGGAUCCACCGCCAAAAUUUUGAAAUUCUUGACGCCUAGUGACAAGACCCUAUACUCGAAGUAUACCUUCACUGAUAUUUCUUCUGGUUUCUUCGUUGCUGCCAAGGAGCGCCUCAGCACGUACCCAAAUAUUGAAUACGCUACUCUUGAUAUCAGCAAGGAUCCCUCCGAGCAGGGUUUCAGUGGCCGUAAGUACGAUCUCAUCUUGGCGGCCAAUGUCAUCCACGCCACCAGGUCUCUGAAUGAGAGUUUAAGCAAUAUCCGGCAGCUGCUCGACCCCAACGGCUGGCUCUUGCUCCAAGAACUGAGUUCGACUUCCAAAUCGGUCAACUACAUCUUUGGAACUCUACCCGAUUGGUGGUACGGUGAUGCUGACGGCCGGUUGGACGAGCCAUACGUCAGUAUCGAACGGUGGGCGAAAGAGUUGAAGGCUGCUGGGUUCCGCAUUCCCGAUGCGGCAGUUCGUGAUUCACCGGAGCCACAUCAGCUGUAUGCGAUGAUUGUGGCCAGACCAGCGAUUCAGAAUGUCCCCAAAAAAUGCGUCACGCUCCUAAGUCUCUCCGAGUCGAAGUGCGCGAGCCCUAUAGUUCAGGGCCUAGAGAGCCGUGGAUAUGCCGUUUACUGUUGCGGGCUACAGGAUAUGCCCUUGCCAAUCAGUCAAGAUGUGAUUGCUAUGCUUGACUAUGAAUGUCCGUUUUUUGAAAACAUGGAUGACCAGCGCUUUGACUCUUUCAAGUCUUUGGUGGAAAGCUUGAAAGAAUGUGGUAUUCUCUGGGUGACUGCGCUCUCGCAGGUCCGAUGCCAGGACCCACGUUUCGGCAUGAUUAACGGUAUCGCCAGAACCAUUCGCUCUGAGAUGCUAGUUGAUUUCGCUACCUGCGAGGUUGAUGACGUUGGUUCGUCCGUAGAGAAGAUCAUUGACGUGUUUGCAAAGUUCCAACGUCGUCAGGAGGAUGAUAUUCUCAAGCCCGAGUUCGAAUACGCCAUUGUCAACAAUACUGUUCACGUUGGACGUUUUCAUCCCUUCCCGCUGCAGGAGAGGCUCCUGACAUCUAAUUCAGAUGACACCGUUGCUCUUCGCACUAGUAAACCCGGUCAUCUGAACGCUUUGCACUGGGCUUGCGAGGAGAUCAAAGCACUUGAUGGUGACGAUGUUGAAGUCGAAACAUAUGCUACCGGCUUGAAUUUCAGAGAUGUUUUGUCUGCCAUGGGCAUCGUUGAAGCCUCGGAGAGUGGGUUCGGCCUCGAAGCUGCCGGCAUUGUCCGUCGCACCGGUCCCAACGUCAAGGACCUCCAGCCCGGCAACCGCGUUAUGCUUAUCGGACAGUGCACAUUUGCAACGCGAGUGAUUGUCUCGGAAAAUCUUUGCGAGAAGAUUCCAGGUGGGUUGAGUUUCGAGGACGCGGCCACCAUGCCCUGCGUUUUUGCUACAUCGAUAUACUCCAUCUUUAACAUCGGAAAUUUGCAGAAGGGACAGUCUAUUCUCAUUCACAGUGCUUGUGGUGGUGUCGGCAUUGCUACCGUCCAGCUUGCUCAGAUGAUCGGUGCCGAGAUAUAUGUAACUGUCAGUAACGAGGAGAAGGUCAAGUACCUCAUGGACACUUUCGGACUACCUCGAAACAAGAUUUUCAACUCUCGUGACACCUCCUUUGUGGAAAAUAUCUUGCGAGAGACAGGCGGCAAAGGCGUUGAUUUGGCUUUGAACUCACUGUCUGGUGAGUUGCUGCACGCUACAUGGAAGUGCAUUGCAGUAUUCGGCAAAAUGGUUGAGAUAGGCAAGCGGGACUUGAUAGGCUCUGGAAAGCUUGACAUGAAGCCCUUCUUAGCCAACCGUAACUACUGCUGCGUUGACUUGGAUCAGAUUUGCUCCAUGAGGCCGACCAUUGCAAAGGGGCUGCUCAAGAACAUUGUCGACUUACUCAAGGAGCGCCAUAUCCAUCCGAUUCGACCCAUAAAGGUCUUCAACUCUGAUGUUAUCAUCGACGCUUUCCGGUUUAUGCAGCAAGGCGUCCACCUGGGCAAGAUCGUCGUGUCAAUGCGCAAUGCUGCUGGACAGGUCAAUAUGGGAGGGAAUAUUCAGCAGCGAAAGAACCCAACCCGCUUCGAUAGCUCGGGCGCAUACCUGCUGGUCGGUGGCCUUGGAGGCUUGGGUCGUUCUGUUUCAACGUGGAUGGUGGAGCGCGGAGCCUGCCACCUAAUCUACCUUUCGCGAAGCGCGGGUGCAAAUAAGAAACACCAGGAGUUUGCCGAAGAGCUUUCCAGUAUGGGAUGCCGCGCCAAUUUUGUUCAAGGUAGUGUUUCCAACCUUGCCGAUGUGACCAAGGCUGUCACACAGGCUCAAGGCCGGCUCAAGGGUAUCUUGCAGAUGUCCAUGGUACUUUGUGAUCAGAGCUUCCCCCAGAUGACGUUGGAGGAGUGGAACACGGCUGUUGAUCCAAAGGUCAAAGGAACGUGGAAUCUCCACUGUGCUUCCGUGUCCGCCAACGCGGGUCUUGACUUUUUCGUUCUUUUCAGUUCCAUGUCUGGCAUCAUUGGACAACCCGGUCAAGCAAACUAUGCUGGUGCCAACGCUUUCCUGGACGCCUUCUCCCAGUACCGCAUGGGUCUGGGACUGCCGGCCUGCGCCGUCGAGAUCGGUGCCGUUGAGGAAGUCGGCUACCUCACUGAGAACGAGUCGGUUAGGCAAAAACUCAAGGCUGGUGGCUCCGUUGGUACAAUCUCGGAGCGCGAGCUUCUUGAGGCGAUUGAAGCAGCCAUAACACCGACGUCGAGCAAGUCGCGACCCACUAGCUCAGGCAACUUCUGCCUUGGGAUCCGCUCCAGCUUGCUCCGAAGCAAUCAGGGACACCGCUCUCUCUGGAAGAAGGACGUCCGCAUGGCGGUGUUCCACAAUAGUGGAGAGACCAGCACCAUGUCAGACUCCGCAUCCACCGACAGCCUGAAAGCCUUCAUCACCGCCGCCAAGAGUGACCCCGCUUUACUGCGCCAGCCUGACUCCGCUCAUCUUCUCGCCGUCGAAAUUGGAAAGAAGGUGUUCAGCUUCUUGCUGAAGCCAGAAGAAGACCUACAGACCUCGUGCUCGUUGUCCGAUCUGGGAAUGGAUUCCCUUGUGGCCAUUGAUGUGAGGCAGUGGUGGAAAGCGACUUUCCAGUUCGAUAUCAGCGUGCUCGAAAUGAUGGGAAUGGGCACCCUCGAUGCCCUUGGUGAGCAUGCUGCUAAAGGAAUGCUCAAAUCGUUUCAAGGUGGUGAGGAUCAAGUAGGUUAG